CGUCGGGCGCCGCGAUAGUGGCUGUGGCGGUAGCGACUGAGGCGGCAGUAUGGAGGGCGAGAGCACGUUGGGGGUGUUGUCUGGCUUCGUGCUUGGCGCGCUCACCUUCCAGCAUCUCAACACUGACUCAGAUACGGAGGGUCUUCUCCUCGGUGAAAUGAAAGGUGAAGCCAAGAAUAGCAUCACUGACUCACAGAUGGACAGCGUUAAAGUCGUCUACACAAUUGACAUUCAGAAAUAUAUUCCAUGCUACCGGCUUUUUAGCUUUUAUAAUUCUUUAGGUGAAGUAAAUGAACACGCACUGAAGAAAAUUCUUUCAAAUGUCAAAAAGACUGUGGUGGGUUGGUAUAAAUUCCGUCGUCACUCGGAUCAGAUAAUGACAUUUAGAGAGCAGUUGCUCCACAGAAACUUACAGACGCAUCUUUCAAGCCCAGAGCUUGUUUUUCUGUUGUUAACACCAAGUAUAACAACAGAGAGCUGCUGCACUCACUGCCUGGAACACGGCCUGUACAAACCUCAAAGUGGGCUUUUUCAUAAGGUACCUUUGGUGGUUACCAAUCUGGGAAUGUCUGAUCAACUGGGUUAUAAAACAGAGUCUGUUUCCUGUACGUCCACUGUCUUUAGCAGAGCUGUGAGGACAUACAGUUCUCAAUUUUUUAAUGAAGAUGGAUCAUUAAAGGAAGUACGUAAGAUAAAUGAAAUGUAUGCUGCUAUACAAGAAGAAUUAAAGACUAUAUGCCAAAAAGUUGAACAAAGUGAACGAGAAGUAGAGAAACUAUUGAUGGAUGUAAACCGAUUAAAAGAAGUUAGAAAAAAACAGCAAGCACAGGCUAAAGGAGCAGGAGAGAAGAGCCAAAACCAUCCCCAGGAGAACAUUCUCCUCUGCCAAGCUUUACGAACAUUCUUUCCAGAGUCUCAAGUUCUUCACUCUUGCGUUAUUUCUUUGAAAAAUAGACAUAUUUCUCACAGUGGGUGUAACACUGACCACCAUCUUGAUGUGGUGGAUAAGCUAACCUUAAUGGUGGAGUACGUUUACAGCCCUGAAGCUAGUCCAGCACCUGCAGCCCCACUGAGCAAACGUAAAGCUCUAGACACACAAGAUCAGUGGCCUGCGAAGAGACCACGGCUGCUAGAGUCAGAAAGCAGACCUGGGCCAGCAUUUCGAGGCAGUCACCAGGACAAAGCCUCCUCAAGCAGCCUCGAUAUAGACACAGAGGUGGGGAGCCCGGAAGAUGAUACUGACUACCCUCGCUCUCCCACAUUUUGAUUCUUUGUAGAGGACAUUUUUUACUAGACUGGAGUUUAGGGCACUUAUUUUUACUCUUUGCUUCCUGGAGUAAUAGAGUUCAUGCUUUUACUCUAUUCAGCUGUUUGUAAUACAUGGAUAUUUUUACUGUUCAACUGCUUAUAAUAUAUAGGUAAGUUAAUAUUUUAUAAAGUAUCUUAAAAAUU